CUCCAUGCCGAGCCCGCGCCUAUAUAUCCAUCUCCUCGCCAUCUGUUCUCCCCACGAUGGCUGAUCGCCUUUCCCAAGUGCUUCCAGGCUAGUCUUGGGUUCACCCGCUGAGCCUGAUACUCCGGAUUUCUCUUGGGCUUGUCCUGAAGCCCGCUGAGAUCCAAUUGGUCUUUUUCUCCAAUAUCCACUACUCAGCAUCCGACAAUGAGACAAAACGUCGGUGCCGUGGGCCUCGUAGCCCUCGCUCGAGUCGUCGCCGGCUGGAGCUGCGAUACCACCUCGCCUUGCCAGGCCAGCGUUGAUGCUGUCGAGGCUUGUGCUACAGCAUGCAUUCAGUCUGCUGCUGUCACCCAAGCAGCUUGUGCUACAGGAGACUAUCAAUGCCAGUGUGACAAGACAGAUGUCAUCCAGGGUGCGGCCGUCAAUUGCGUUUUGGGUGCCUGUGGUUCAUCAGCGCUGGCUGUUCUGAACGAAGUUUCUUCAUUGUGUGCUUGUGUUACUGCUCAUCCUACCACACCUUGCUCUACAAGCACAACAUUCGUCACCACAACUCAGCCGCCGUCUUCUGCUACUCCCUGCACGACAGACGUGCCACCCACAACUGCUCCACCAACUACAACACCGCCGACUACAGCACCACCCCCAACCACGACUUCUGGUUGUGAUGCGUCUUCGCCCUGCCAGGCUAGUGCCGACGCUGUAUCUGCUUGUGCAAAGCCAUGCAUUGAGUCUGCUGCCGUGACUCAAGCUAGCUGCGCUCUCUCCGACUACGAGUGCCAAUGCAGCAAGAACAGCGUUAUUCAGGCUGCAGCUAUCAACUGCGUCUUGGGUAACUGUGGAGGAGGCGCACUUGGCGUUCUCCCCCAGGUCAGCUCUCUCUGCGAUUGUGUCACUGCGCACCCAACAACUCCUUGCACAGGGGGUUCUACUACUAGUGCCCCUCCUACCACCAGCAAGCCUCCCACCACCACUGGAGGUUCCAGCUCAUCCAGCUCAUCCAGCUCAUCCAGCUCGUCCAGCUCGUCCAUCAAGUCCUCUUCAGCUCCUCCGGGAGGUAGCGGAACUACCUCCGCUCCCCCUACAACCACAGGCCCGCUAUGCACAGGAACUACUGCAGACUGUGGUGCCGUUGCCACCACAGCUGUUCCUUCUUGCGCCCAAGCUUGCUUUACGAGCGCAGCUCCAAAGAUCCCAUGUGACGUUCAUGACUAUGCUUGCCAGUGCCAGCCUGCAGCUCAGAGCUCUUUGACUCAGCUUCUGGUUCCUUGUGUUGCUACCGCUUGUCCCGCAGCUUCACUACAAGCUGUCAUUGCUGGAGCUUCAUCAGGUAAGAAUUAAGCUUGUUAUAUACAUUUUGAGAAUCCACUAUUCUAACACCUUCUCUUUCUUAGUAUGCGCUUGUGCGACAGCACCUCCUAGCCCAGGUACCUGUGCAACCUCAGGCCCUGGCGGAAGCGGUUCACAAACUACAGGACCCAGCGGAUCACAACCAACAGGACCCGGCGGAUCACAGCCCACAGGCGGAUCUACUGUCGUACCGCCACCUACGACUACGGGACCUGGUAAACCAGGCUCUACAUCUAACUGCCAGCCAGUGACUGUCCCGCCCAACUGCGGCCCCGUGGCCAGCUCAGCAGUCCCUUCGUGUGCUCAAAAGUGCUUCACAUCCGCCGCCCCUAAUGUUGGAUGUGAUGUUCAAGAUUACGCCUGCCAGUGCAAGCCUGCCGCUCAGU